CAUGUCGCUUGCCCCUCCACGAACAUAACGGUCUGAGUUGUGUUGAUAAUUUAAAGGUGUUUUAGAACCACAUCUAUAUGAUUUCCACCGUGUUUCUGACAAAGAAUCCGGGAAGAUGCCACAGAAAACACUGGGAUCCAUUGUAGGUUUGCUUUGCACGGGGACUUGUUUGGUACAGGGAAAGGAGUUCUGUUUCGGUGUAAACAAUGAACAGUAUCGAUGUGAGAUGGGCUACUGUUGUGGUGAGACAGAGUGCUGCACAUACUACUACGAGCUGUGGUGGUUCUGGUUGGUGUGGACGCUUAUUAUUGUGUUGAGCUGCUGCUGUGCCUACCGACACAGGCGUGUGAAGAUGCGUCUGCAGCAAGAACAAAGGCAGCGUGAGAUCAGUCUCAUGGCUUAUCAGGGAGCAUCCAGCUCUUUCAUCACACCUCCACCACUCAACCUGCGAUUCUGGACAGACUGCAAACUCCCAGAUUACGAGGAAGUCGUUGGUCACCCGCCAACCCCUCCUCCACCUUACUCAGAGAUGCCCCCAGAGCUCCCCUCCCCUACACUUCCACCUGUGAACCAGUCAGCGGCAGCUGUGGUGCUGGAGCCUCCUGCAGAGGAGGAACAUGCCGAAAACCAGCCUGCUGAUUCAGAUGUUGCAGCGGCUCUUGACCACUCGGAACAUGAGGAGGGGGAAGGACCUGACAACCAAAUUUGGGAACUGGGCACCCGUCGCCGGCAUGUGACCGGUGACUCAGGCAUUGAGGUGUGUGUGUGCCAGCUGGAUGUGGAUGAAGGCUCAGGGUUAGAGGAGGAUGAGGGAAGGCUCUGCCAGGGGGCUGGAGGGGGCUGCUAUUCAGAGCAACAGGCCCUCCAACACAAGGAGCGUUCCCAACCAAAUGCCACCACCAGUGGAGACCAGGUUGUUUGAGCAUUGCCAUAAGAGAACUGCCAUUGUAAACAAGGGAUAGUAGAUGACUUUGGACUGCUCUUGUCCUUGUCACCAUUAUUAGCAAGGGAACCAUGUGGAAAUAUUCAAACCAACCAUCUAGGGACGUCAUGUUGAUAAAUACAGAAGGGGAAAUAAAGUUUGCCCUCUUUUCCAUCAGCAAUCAGAGUUCCUUAAAUUUUCAUAGAAAAGUGUAGACAUCACCUUAAAUUUGACAGAAAUUCUUUAACACUUGCAUUCUGUAAUACCCCAUGGAUCACCCCCCUCUUUUGUUUUUGUGGUUUUUUUGUAUGUUUCUUGAAUAUGAAUGAAAAAGCCAACAGUUAUGUUUGACUGGAGAAAAUUUGAAAGAGCAAUGCUUUGAAGAACAGCCGUUUUCUACUAGAGGGAUAUAUGUCAACACAAACAUUCCCUCCCACUCUGUCUCCUAUCACUUUGUGGCCUGGAUAUCUCUCUCUCUCUCUCUCUGACAUUUUGCUUCCGCCUUGUCUACAUACCAUGGCGGUCACUGACUCCAACAUGUAGGGGCCAAAAAGAAAGAGAAUAACCUGGAAGAAUCCUUGUAGAAGAUUGGCCUUCGUCUUGGCUAGACGCUGGCAGUACAUACAUUGUUUUCCACAAGGCUUUACUAAUGAGAGCUCAGCUGCAAGGUGACAUCAUCCCAACACUGGCUGUUGUCCAGGUCUUGCUCCUUCAGGACGAUGACUUCUCUCAUCCAAAGGAAAAACUCUGCAUGCAUUGUCUAAACAAAUUAAUGUUUUCUUGAUGCACUGUUGCAAUAAUGCCACAAAUAGAUAUACAAACACAGAGAAAUUGUAGAAGAGACAUGGCCAAUAUUGAUGUUUGCUCUGGUUCCAAGUGUCCAUGAAAACCUGACAUUAAUCCCAGUGCCGUGCCUGCAAGUUAGUGUCUAUAAAAAGCCUGUGGGUGGUUGUGUUCUCACCAGGCAGCCAGUGAUAUAAUCACAGUAUGUCUGAGUCGCACCAGGACAGGCUUAGGAGUCUCCCACAGAAUGGAUCUCCUUUUUUUCUGAAAACGCUGGGUUUUUGCUUUGUCAAUGAAAGAAGGAAGUAUGCUCUUUUAUUGAAUACUUCCACCAUACAACUCACAGCAGUCUCUUUUCUCCCUUUAACAAAAGCCUGCUUUAGCCAACAUCAGCGGGUUUGGCAUUCAAAGAAUCAAAGCUCUCCUUAUAAGCCACUGUUACUCUUUUCUGUCUUUUUGCUCUUUGUGCGACUUUUGAUGUCAGUUUUUCUUUGUACACCCUCCCUCCUAGGGUACACAAGCACUGUGAUCUUGCAUAGAGGGCUUUUUUUCUAUGUGCCUGUGUCUGUGUACUUCUGUCCUGCUUUUCAGAUUGAAAUGGUAAACUGACAGAUGUUUAGUUAUCGCCAGUUUGAUCCCUUAAUAAUAGCUCUAGUGAUCUAAAGUCUUUCUGUUUUCUCUGAGAUUUCUCUGACUGUAGCUUAAAUGUAGACACAGCCCCUGUCCUGUUUCAGCAGACGUGGCACUAGUGUAGCAGCCUACCCUGGCUGUGCUCUUAUGGCUUUCAGAGUGUGGACUGCUCAAAGAUAUGUCAGAGAUUUUUGGGAUGUUUUCCAUUCACUAGACUGGCUCUGUAGUGCUGUGUCAGCACAGCUGCCCAGUCUAUUGAGUGGGAAUCUUGUCAGAUAGACACCCACUGUAUACUGUCAAAACUCAGCUUCAGGAGAUGUGUUGACAUGUGACUUGGCAGUCGUUUGAAUUGGUUUGACCGAAACAGCACUUACCGGUGUUUUAUUUAACUUCAAGUGUCUCUCGUCAAAAUAGUAGACAAAAAAAGACAGCUCAUGUUCAACAGAAACUGACUUGCCUCAUCAACCAAACCACUUUCAGAUUUUAAAUAGAAUUGUGUGAACAGUGACGUCCAAAAAUAUUUGAUCGGUCACACAGUAAAUGACAUAGUUCUGUCUGUUGAAGAUGAGACAUUAAAAGCCGACUUGCUGAACAGCAAGCCGAACAAUAUUUCUUGCUCACCUUUGGGGAAUGAGUGAGUUUUGAAAAGGCUUUUCUCAUGGAGGAAGUGGUGGAGUUAUAUUCACAUGGCAUUGCCUGUAAAUGCCUUAUAAUUCUGAAUUGUGGUAGUAGAUAUGUAUUUCAGGCAUUUGUUUGGUUGUAGAUAGUGAUCUUACUUUGUGUGACUUGACUGUAUGAGUAGAAACUUCAGUUUAAAAAUUAGAGCACCUGACCUGAUACAUAAUGUUUUGUGAAAUGAUCUGCUUUUUGUACUGCUCAAUCAAGGAUGUGGUCUAAGAUACACCUAAACAAGUGAGCUGCCAGAGCAGAAUAUGUGCCCCAGAGUGGAUAGAUUGUUCUGCUCCAAAAAGCCCACAUAGCAGCUAUCCUAUUUAGCCUUGACGUUCCUUCUCUGAAGCAGUUUUUUCUGUACCCCAUUUUGACCUGAAUUUUAGCUUCAGCAAUUUGAUUCAUAAUUGUCAGGGUCUCAAGGCGACAUGGUUAUUUGUAGGAAGCAGACUUUUAUUUUUAGGGCGAAACCUUGAUCUUUUGGACUGUUUGUGGAAAUAUACUCUUGUUAGAUGUAGAUGCUAAAGUGCAUGUGAAGCAAUACAGUUCGGUGAUGGAAGCGAGAGUUAAUAGAUGUUUGAGUUAGUCGUCCCUGAGUCUCCUGCUUGCGAUAUGGUUGUGAAGGUAGGGACUGGGGCAUAGUUGUUUUCAGUGCCAGUGGUUUGUCAAAUGGGCACUGUCUGCUAAAAAAUAUAAUCUGUCUCUCGUGUAACUUGUUUACUUACCAUAAAAGGGCUAUCAAAUGAGACACAAACUGACAUAUGGCGUGUUCUAUGUAAUUAUUGUUUCUUUCUUACAACGGAAUUGUACGACAGACAUUGUAAAACCACAUUCUCUGUUUCGUGGUCAUUAUACAGAAUACAUGAUUGUACAAUUCUGUUGUAGCUGCAUAAACUUUCUAUGCUGUGUAACACUGGUUAAUCCCCUACCCUCGUGUUACUGUGAGGUGUGAAAAGAUGAUGGUUUUGCUAUUCCCUUAGAGAAUGAUCUUAACCCCGUGUCCCCUAAGCUUCUCUCACAGGUCUCACAGAGAAGAGGGCUCUCUUUGUGCCUACUGUACUGUCAUUUUCCUUUUUAACAACAGAGUGAGCAUGGCAACAGAAACACUGUGGUACCUAACCCAAACAUUUGUUUGUCAUCACACACCCCCAAGGAGUGAAGUGAAAUGUGUCACAGCAUCAUUUUUGAGAGACUCAGUUUAACUUGUAAUUAUAGUACUGGUAAAAAAAAAUUUUUUAGUUCAUCCUUUUUGCUGUCGUAUUAUGUUAGUGAUUUUAAUGCUGUGUUACAUUUCAAAGUAUACCAGAGUCAAUCAGUCUAAAAGCUCUUAACCACACCACUUUACUCUCUUUGGCUUGGAGUUUCCCUGUUUACCGGAAGGUUUCUACAUAUACCAGAAGUUGCCAUUGUAUUGACAUGUAGUUUCUGUACAUCGCUCACCAAGUCAAAGCCCUCUCAGUGGAAAAAUUCGGUGUCUCCACUCCCCUUCUCCCCCACCCACCUCUAUUUAUCUCCGUGGGUCACGUGUGUACUGUACUGAACCUAAACUAGGCUAUGCAAAAACGCUAACCCUCUGUCAUAUGCUGCAGUAACCCCUCCCAGUGUAAGUUGGCUGUGGUUGUCAGUACAAGCAAUACUUCUCUUCUCAGUCCAUAUUGCACUGUACUUUGGUAGUUGUACAGCUUUAUAUGAAAAAGAAAGAAAUGAAAAAAAAAAAAAGUUGCAACUGUGGUCCUCUUUUCAAUAUCUGUGUUUGUGUGUGUGUCUGUGUGUGAAUGUAUGCUUUUGUAAGCAACUAUCUCUGUUACCUCUUACGACAAAGGGAAAGGGAGAGUAAAGAAAAAAAAAAAGCCAUGACUGUGUCUAAUGUCAUGUAAUCUAAGUAACUGAUGUUCUUUUUGCAUUCUUGUCUGCCCUGAAUACCAGCGUUCCCUGCACACCACGGGACUGCAACUCUCAGUUUGUGCAAUUAGAUAUGUUAUAUAGUUUUUAUUUUGUAGGUAUUAACCUUUCAGACAAUGCUUUGAUUCCUUGUUAUUGUGGCACUUUGAAUGUGCUAGUAGUCUGUCUACCACAGCUAACUGGUCUGCUGUUUUUGCUCUUGGGUUUUUCAGCGAUAGAAUACAGAACCGUUGCCUUUUGGCAGUAUGUAUGCCAAUAUACAGUUGCCCAAAUGUGUGUUAAGUAAAAUCCACAUUGCAAUGUGAAACCUGUGGGAAGAAAGCUGAAUUAUUGAAUGGAGUUUAGACAGAGACCAAGCUUCAGCUCAUUUUGAUGUCAUUUGACAGCUUCACACAUGCAGGGCAUCACCAAGGCAACCAACUUUAUUAUUUACUUCAUAAUCUCAUGAUCAGUAAUGCUCAAUUAGUCAUGUAUCACAUGUAUUCAGCUUACUUUUAACUUCAUUCAGGAGUUGUGUUUCUUCCUUUAAGACUCUUAAAAUAGAUUACACUUAGUGAAUGUGGACGUGGUUGAUUUAUGCUCAUGUUGAUUUGCCAAAACAAACAAAGAAAAAUCUUCGCUUGAAAAGGAAGUGGUCAUUCAAGAGCACAGACAUGUUUAAGUUUCUCUUUCUUGUCACUAAGCUCAAGCCAAAAAAAAAAAGGAAAGAAGAUGAUGGUUGUGAAAAUACAAGCACUGAGACAUGUGUUACAUUCUGUUGCUGGGGUUUUAGGAAGAGGCUAUGGACUCUUUAGUCAUUG